GGCGCAUUGGCCGCGCACGCGAUGGGCGGGGUGUGGACGGCGCUGCGAUGGCUGCCCGCGGGUGUGGGACCAGCGAAGCCCCCGGCCCCUCUCAGAGCCCGGCCUCCUGACGCCGCCAGUGGGCGGGGCCGCCCGGGCCGCCUCCGCCGCUGUCAUGUAUCCGACGCCGCCGCCGGCGCCGCAUCGGGACUUCAUCUCGGUGACGCUGAGCCUCGGCCAGAGCUACGACGGCAGCAAAAGCUGGCGGCGGCGCUCGUGCUGGAGGAAAUGGAAGCAGCUGUCGAGAUUACAGCGGAACGCGAUCCUCUUCUUGCUCACGCUUCUGCUGCUCUGUGGACUCGUGUCCUACAUCAGCGUGGCUGACCAGUGGAGAGCCGUGAACGGCCGGUCAGCAGAAGAGCGGAAGAUGAGACCUGCGGAUCCGCCCGUGCUGCCAGCUCCUCAGAAAGCAGAUGCUAAUCCAGAAAACUUCCCAGGGGUUUUACCUCAGAAGCCGAAGAGGCAUUUCCGACGGCGACCGCCCAACCUGCAGAUUCGAGCCCCCGGUAAAGACUCCGAGGACCGGAGGCAGGACGACACCCAGCGGAGGGACGAGGCGGUGGGCGACGCUCGUCGAGAAGAGAACACGCAGAGAACAGUGGUCAGCUGGAGGGGAGCGGUGAUUGAGCCGCAGCCCGGCACCGAACUUCCUUCGAGAAAGGCAGAGGCCCCCCACAAGCCUUCCUCACAGGCCCCCAGGAUUCAGAACCAAGCAGCUUCCCCGAACGAGCGUCAGAGGGCCGUGAUCGAUGCCUUCCGCCACGCAUGGGCCGGAUACCGCAAGUUCGCCUGGGGCCACGACGAGCUGAAACCCGUGUCCAGGUCCUUCAGCGAGUGGUUUGGCCUGGGCCUGACGCUGAUUGACGCCCUGGAUACCAUGUGGAUUUUAGGUCUGAGAAAAGAGUUUGAAGAGGCCAGGAAGUGGGUGUCUAAGAAGCUGCGGUUUCAGAAAGACGUGGACGUCAACCUGUUUGAGAGCACGAUCCGCAUCCUGGGCGGGCUUCUGAGCGCCUACCACCUGUCCGGGGACGACCUCUUCCUGAAGAAGGCCGAGGAUUUUGGGAAUCGGCUCAUGCCUGCGUUCCAGACGCCCUCCAAGAUCCCCUACUCCGACGUGAACAUCGGCACCGGGGCCGCCCACCCGCCCCGCUGGACCUCGGACAGCACGGUGGCCGAGGUCACAAGCAUUCAGCUGGAGUUCCGGGAGCUCUCGCGCCUCACGGGCAGUAGGAAGUUUCAGGAGGCUGCGGAGGAGGUGACGAGGCGCGUCCACUCGCUGUCCGGGAAGAAGGACGGGCUGGUGCCCAUGUUCAUCAACACCCACAGCGGCCUCUUCACGCACAUGGGCGUGUUCACGUUGGGCGCCAGGGCCGACAGCUACUACGAGUACCUGCUGAAGCAGUGGAUCCAGGGCGGAAAGAAGGAGACCCAGUUAGUGGAAGACUACCUCGAAGCCAUCGAGGGAAUCAAGAGGCACCUGCUGCGCAGGUCUGAGCCCAGGAAGCUCACCUUCGUGGGGGAGCUCGCCCACGGCCGCUUCAGCGCCAAGAUGGACCACCUGGUGUGCUUCCUGCCAGGGACGCUGGCUCUGGGCGCCCACCACGGCCUGCCCGCUGACCACAUGGAGCUGGCCCGGGCGCUCAUGGACACCUGCUACCAGAUGAACCGUCAGAUGGAGACGGGGCUGAGCCCCGAAAUUGUGCACUUCAACCUGUACCCUCAGAGCGACCAGAAGGAUGUGCAGGUCAAGCCCGCCGACAGGCACAAUCUGCUGCGGCCCGAGACGGUGGAGAGCUUGUUCUACCUGUACCGCCUCACGGGGGACCCCAAAUACCAGGACUGGGGCUGGCAGAUCCUGCAGAGCUUCAACGCGUACGCACGGGUCCCCUCGGGCGGCUACUCGUCCAUCAGCAACGUCCAGGACCCCCUCAAUCCCCAGCCCAGGGACAAGAUGGAGAGCUUCUUUCUGGGGGAGACGCUCAAGUACCUGUAUCUGCUCUUCUCCGACGACCCAGACCUGCUCAGCCUGGACGCCUACGUGUUCAACACCGAGGCUCACCCCUUGCCCAUCUGGGUCCCGCCUAGGGGGGCCUGACGCCGCUGUGGGCAGUGCCUCGGACGUGACCCAUCCUUGCUGUGAUUCAUGGUUUCCCGUCCACUGGAGGAGGCUUCUUCCUUCUUCCUGUGAAUCUUGAAUCGUGUUUACAUUCCGAAUACCCGGCCAGCUUCGCCUGCCGGUGCCCGGGCUUCGUGGUGGUCCCUCGUGCCUGGUCGUCAGCCGGGGCUGCGCUGGGUCCCCCACAUAGUGUUCAGAGACGAGAGCUGAAGGGACGGCCCGACAUGCGGCUCAGCCUGGGAUCAGAGCCUGCGACGUGCCCUGACCCGAGGGUCUGGGGGGGCGCCUGUGACCCCCUGCGCAUCCGGGCACCUGGUGGGCUGUGGUGUUUACACGUUGGACUCAGGGAUCCCCCCUGGCCCUGCAGGGGCUGGGAGGGGCGGGUGGGCGAGUUCGUCCUGCCUCUGGACCGCCUGCUAGAAUGGACCAUAAAGUAGAUUUGCGCUGACGUUGUCACGUGUGAGACCCCGUGUUUCCUCAGCCCUGGUCGGAGUCCCAGCCGCUGUGGUAGCCACAGCUCGUGCUCUCUGCUUGGAAGUCAGGUCUCCGCCGUGACAGGCAGCCUGGGGACCCGGGCCCGUGCGGGUGGACAUGGAGUCCCUGCUCCUGCAGGAGAGAACACCCUGCCCGUCCGUCCUGCGGGGCUUGUGUCCUGGGCUCCGUGUCCACAGGUGGAGGUGUGCCUGUCUCUCCCCCAGGAGCCUGCCGCUUCCCUCCCUGAGCCCUGAUUUGGGGCGCUUUUCCAGAGACGAACCUUGGCGUCUGGGGGGGAGCCUGCUCCCUAGGACCAGGUGGUCCCCAGGACGGGCGCAGGUCCUCCCUCUGACACUCCUGAGCAGCCCAGUUCCCUUGUCAUUUCUAGAAGAUCCUCUUUCCCAGAGCCGC